GUCAGUUCGCGACGCUGAUGCUGCCGCCUGUCGUAUUCAAGAUGUCUUCCAAACGAUAGGCUUAUGGCUUAGCUUGUUUUUAGAUCGUUUAUUUUAUUUACAUUUUUGGUUAAUUUUGCGUAUUAGAUGGAGAACGGUGGCUUAUCAUGAAACUCCGGACUCAGUAUGACAGGAGUGAUUCCAGAAGAACGUUGAAAUCGAGGGAAUCACCAACUGUGAUGCAACCUAACUCCAGCGAGGUAGGUGCCCAUCAGGCAGGAAAUGGCUUGUCCCUGACUAUACAGCCAGAGCUACUGACCAGGACACCAGCAGGGGCUACCGGGGGCUCUGUCAUCCCAGAGGCCAGUGAUGAAGUCCGGGUACCUAUUCUCUCCAGUGGGCCCGGGGAGCCCAGUGGAGGAGGAGGAGGGGCAUCAUCCCGUAGGUCCAGAGCCAGUUCCAGAACCAGUUCCCACUCCCAUUCACAUGGUGGGGGACACCAGCACUCUCACAGUGAGCCCAGUGAGACAGACCCAGCUGAUGCUGAUCUGGAGUCAGGGGAGCCCAGCACCUCGUUCUCAGAACUGCGCUACCUCUUCCGCUGGGUUCAGAAGAGUCUUCCUUUCAUAAUCAUCCUCGGUGCUAAACUAGUCAUCCAGCAUGCCCUAGGUCUAGCUGUUGGAGUUGGCUUGUUUACAACUUUUCUUUAUGCGAAUAAGAACAUUCAAACCCAAGUCUUUCUUCAGGAUCGUCGGUCAAAAAUAGAGUGCGUAUGGCUGCUCCUCUUCCUGGCGUCCUCCACACUUCUGCUUUACUACACAUUUCUCGCUGAGUCACUUUACUAUUGCCUAAUUUUCCUGAGCCCAGCUGUUGAACCCCUGGGUUUCUGGGAGGUCCUAUGGGCGGUGGGUGUCACCAACUUUAUGCUCAAGUUCUUCUUCAUGGGGUUCAAGUGCCUUAUCCUACUGCUACCAUCUAACCUGGUGACAUUCAGAGCCCAGGGGCGGUGGUACAUGCUGAUUGAAGAGGUGGGCCAGGUGUACCAGUCUGUGGCCCCCAUCCCCCUCUGGUUACGCUACCUGAUCACCUACCAGGAGGUGGAUGGCAACACUGGCCUCACCCUGGGAGUCCUGCUGGCUCUGGUCUACUUCAUACUCAAGCUUUUAGGAUUGUAUGGACAGUGGGGGUCUUUCCAGAAAACUGUGAGGCUAUUUCUCAGUGGCGAGCACACGGGGGCAGCAGCCACCAGGAGCCAGUGCAGUGAGGCUGGGGACAUCUGUCCUAUCUGUCAGGCAGAAUACAGGAACCCUCGAGCCCUCCUGUGUCAGCAUAUUUUCUGUGACGAGUGCAUUGCUCUGUGGUUUAACCGGGAGAAGACGUGUCCACUCUGUCGCACGGCCAUCACAGACAAGGUCCACAAGUGGAGGGACGGGGCCACCACACCUUACCUCCAGAUCUACUGACCGAAAGAGAUGAUGAAGGAAAGUGGAGAGCCUAUGACUUACGGACACUGUUUGCGAUGUGUGAAUGACAGUUGCAUUGACCGCAAUACUCCACUCCUCAUUGGCUUGUUAAGCUGAUGACCAUAUUGUUCCUCCAUUCAUUAAGGGCUGUGCCCACUACUUGCCAACGUCAGUAAGGUCACAUAAAAUUUGUGAUUGGGAUGCAUUCAGCACCGUGGCAUGUUACUGCAACUCCCUCUCCGACCAUCACUUUUCUACACAAAUAACUGACUGACUGAAGUUGGUUCUCUCUCUGCAUGGCCCCUUUUGCUGUUUUUAGUUGAUUUUAUUUUCAAACAUGUAUCUUUUGUUAUCAUGAUCUGAUUUAAUCAUGUUUUGUUUUGACGGCCAGCCUAGAAGAACAGAACAGACAGCCUCUGUCUUUAUUAGACAGAGUUGUCAGGGAAUAGCCUGAUCCCAAAUCAGUUUGUGCUUUUUUGCCAGCUCCUUCCUUUGUCAAUGUCACGCCAAUGACCAUAGAGGGCGGCAAGACAACACAAACAGAUCUGGCACCAGGCUAGUCAGGGAAUACCUGGAGGUUCCUUCUACCGGUAAAUAGGGGUGGGGUGAGGGAUAUUUAAAUUAUAGUAGUAUUUUAAUCAGAUGUAUUAUGUCACUCCCUUCAAAGUUAGAACAAAUGUGGAUCACACGUGUUAUGUUUUGUGUUUGGUAGAUACCCAGUCUUUCAAACACUUCUCUCUUUGAGUUGCAAAGGUUCCAACAUGUUGCAAAGGGAUUCCAUUCUGUGUCUGAGAGGCAGUCCGGAUAGACCGAGGUGGUUAAAGAACUAAAUGUACUCUCCUCCUUGGGAAGCAAUUACAAACACAAAGGUUGAUGAUAUUUAAAAGUUAUUCAUUUGGGGGGCUUCUUAUUUUCAGAUUAAGUCUGAUAUCUCUGCUUUUUAAGAUUUGUUUUCCAGAUGACAAAUAUGCAACACAACUGAUUGUUGUGAGAUUGGUUUGAUCCAUAAAUUAUUUUUCUAAAGUGAUGAUGCAGUUGCAUUCUUCCACUCUGGUUUUUAAAAGGAUGUAUCUAUUUUACUACCAUAUUUCAUUAUGUAGUGAAACCAUUUCAUGUUUUUCAUCCAUAAAGUCUUUCCAUCAACAAAUUAAAUAAAAUAUAAAAUGCUUUUUUAUUAUUUUUAUUAUAGCCUACUAAUAAUUGGCCCUGAGCAUUUACACGAAUUAUAUAAUAAUACAUUAACCUGUUUAAGCUUGUUAUGAACCAACUUUGUUUUUCAGUUAUUUACAAUCCUAUUUGUCUUUAGAAUGAAGAGUGCAGAGGUCUUAGGGACACACAGAAAAGCAUAAAUCUAUCCUCUUCCUACCAUCCAUUGGCUGUUCUUAGUAUUAACUAUUGUCCCAUUUGGACUGUCAUAUAAGUGGACUGGAGGCAUAUAGUUGGGCGAGUCCAUAUCUAUACAGGUGAAGGAGACCAGUGAGUGUCAGCUAAGUUUGGAUGUUCUCAAACACAAUCAUGUUUUCUAAGCUCUCAGAGGCACUGCAGUCAAUGGCUGUUUGAGAGCAUCAAUACUGUGAUGUAUGAUGGGUAAAUUGUGACAGACUGUUCUACAAAUAAUAUUGACUAGUUAUUUAGGAUGCAAGAUGAUUCGUAGUCAGUGAUUUGCAGUCAGUCUCAACUCACCUCUAAAGUUGGCUGCAAUGUCGAACGCGCCCAGUAACUUGGGUCAGGGCAACCAAGGGCUCUAUCAAAGGUUAUGGACAUACUGACAAGUACAUGUCUCUAAGCCAUAGCCGUGGGGAGUAGCGGUGCUGAAGGGGCUGCAGCACCAAAUAUUUUUACUGGACGAUAUAGACCUCUGCAGCGCAUUAAUGGAGAUUGUAAAUGCUGCAUAUCCGCUAAAUCGGAAAUUACCGUUUACAUUUCUAGCGAGCAAUCUGUAACGCUUCAGAAAUACAGAUUGAAUUGAGCCCCUAGUCAGUACAAAGUAAACAAUCAAAUAUUAUUUUAGCCGCCUCCCGAGUGGCGCAGUGGUCUAAGGCUGUGCCAUUUGAGAUUCUGGGUUCAGCCUCUGUCGCAGCCGGCCACAACCAGGAGACCCAUGGGGCGGCGCACAAUUGGCCCAGCGUCGUCCGGGUUAGUGGAGGGUUUGGCCGGCAUGUCCCAUGGCGCACUAGCGGCACCUGUGGCGGGCCGGGCGCAUUGCACGGUAGCACGGUCGCCAAGUGCAUGGUGUUUCCUCCGACACAUCGGUGCGGCUGGCAUCCGGGUUAAGUGGGCAUUGUGUCAAGAUGCAGUGCAGCUUGGUUGGGUUGUGUUUCGGAUGACGCAAGGCUCUCGACCUUCACCUCUCCGGAGUCCGUACGGGAGUUGCAGCGAUGAGACAAGACUAACUACCAAUUGGAUAACAUGAAAAAGGAGUACAAAUAUAUUUUAUAUUUUAGCCAGCCACCACAGCAGGAAUAACACAUUAAAUAAUCGAUCAUGUCACCAGAAUACUACCCUCGAUAUUUAUGGAAAAAGAUCAUCAAGAUCGCCGAUCACUUUCACCAUCCUGUGAAAUUAAUCAUUUGUUUAAUUGCCUAAUAAACUGCAUGGUUUCCCGAGUCAUCGUGGGAGGACCAUACACCGUAUGGUUAUUAUAUCAGUUGCGCAUAAUUAAUUUUACAGACACAAAAAUAUUUAGAAUUUUCGUUUUUUGUGGCAUUUUGUCCAACUGUAACAAACUACGUGUUUGAUUCACAGCUGUCCUGUUUUUUUUAUGUGGCAUGACUUUCUUUUACCUGCAUAAAAACUGGAUGGAAACGUGGUUACUGUUACCUCAAGUCAUUGUCUUCUGGACAUUCCUGGCAACCGUUAUGAGAGUUGACCAGUAACUUUGCAUAAUCAUUCCAGGUUGCACUAAUCACUCUCACAGGCUUCAAAUCAGCAACACCUUUUAUUUUGUUCUCAUCCAUCCACUUUACAUGAUAUUACAAAUGGAAUAAAUACAGGGAUGAAAUAUUGACUCAGAUUAAAUGUUUGCAGCAGUCUUCUAAUGAGUUGAUUAAUCAAGGUAUGUUCCCAUUUGUAUACUUUUCAAAGGCCCUCAAGCUACAAACCACUUGAGAUGAAUCCCACUCAGAUCAUUAUGAUCAUUUUAGUAUUUACCAGGUUAGAGGAGCAUCAUUUAGAGACUACACUACUAGAAAGAAACACAUGGUCCAAUUAUCUUCCUGUCUCAAUAGCAUUCCAUACACAUCUGCAAAUAUAUACAGAAUUGCAAUUAUUUUAAAAUCUCUCUCUCACACACACACACACACACACAGCCCAUAUUUCCAACACUCGACAGGCAUCUUAAAGUUCAAAAUCAGAAUGAAAAGAACCAGGUAAAAGUUAUCAAAAAGUUACUUUCUGAACAUGUCCAUAGCACAAUAUAACUCUAUUGUAGUACAAUAAAUAUACUAAAACAUUUAGGACAUUGUAGUUUGGAAUAAAGAAUUAACUGCUGCAUUUGAGGUUUCUCAAGAGAGAUAUUCAUAUGAUAACCAUAUGCACAUAUCUACAAAUAAAUAAAAGGAACAAAAUAAAGUCAUCAUUUACAAAAGAUCCAUGCGCGCCAAACAUACAAUUGACUAUGCAAUAAAUACAUUUUUUGCAUAGUGGAACUGAUGCAGUAAGGGAAAAAAAUAAUUCACCAUAGAAGUUGUUGAUUGUUAAAAAUGUAUUCAAAGCUAAGCCAUGGUCAAUAUGGAAGUUGCUCUGAAGCAGACCAGACAUCCUCUCCAAUGGAACCUGAAGAUAAAGGGUUGAUGAUAAUAAUGUCUAUUUUAAUAAACCUCAGCAGUCUUGGAAUAGGAAAUCCUCUGUCAGGAUACACAUUCACCCAGAAGUUUUU